CAGCAGCAGUAUUGUGGGCUAGUCGUAUCAGUAGCCACAUCACCAGCAACCAGCCACCACCAGCGGCUGCAGCAAGUCACCCUCACUCAGGCGAGCACUGGGAAAAAGCGACAACAGAGAGGGCCAGCUGGAGCGGACAUUUUCCUUCAUAUAGAGGCCACGUAGAGGACCCUCAUAUAGGACGGCAACUACAAACCUACACAGACAGAGCCAUGUUGGAAUACUACCAGAUAUUAGGAGUUCAGAAAAAUGCAACGCAAGAGGACAUCAAAAAAGCUUACAGAAAACUGGCACUGAAGUGGCAUCCAGACAAGAACCCAGACAACAAGGACGAAGCAGAGAAAAAGUUCAAAGAGCUGUCAGAGGCAUAUGAAGUGCUCUCCGAUGAAAGCAAGAGGAAUAUUUAUGACCGAUACGGCAAAGAUGGCCUUUCAGGAGGAGGAGGAGGAGGAGGCCAUUAUGAUCACUUUGGUGGCAGCGGUUUCACAUUCCGUAAUCCUGAGGACGUUUUCAGGGAAUUCUUCGGCGGCAGAGAUCCAUUUGCAGAUUUUUUUGCUGACGACCCCUUUGAUGAUUUCUUCAGUGGCAGCCGCAGUCGCCAGAGAGGCGCAAGCCGAAACAGGAUGGGAGGAUCGCUGUUUGGUUUUGGAAGCUUCCCAGCUUUCGGGCAGGGCUUCUCAUCAUUCGAUUCAGGUUUUACCUCAUUUGGAGACAUGGGUGGAGGAGGAAUCACAUCCUUCUCUUCUUCGUCAUUUGGUGGUGGUGGGGGAGGAGGAAUGGGUAACUUCAGAUCCGUCUCAACCUCCACCAAGUUCGUCAACGGCAGAAAAAUUACCACAAAACGGAUCGUGGAGAACGGCCAGGAGCGGGUGGAAGUGGAGGAGGAUGGUCAGUUAAAAUCUCUUACAGUUAAUGACAUCGCCGAAGACCCCUCGGAGGACGAGCGCCGUCGCCGCCGACAGAACGCACUACCUGGCCACGGCCUGCACCAGCGCUACCUGAGGAACUCCGCCCAAAACCCCUCAGAGGAAGAGGAGGAGCACGGCCUGCAGAGUCUUGGACUAACGAGAGGACACACAGACACCAAGAGGAAGAAACUGUGGCUAAAGGAGGCGGAGUCCAAAAAGAAAAGGGCUCCUCGACUCUUCCCUCGCUUUGCGACACGGAGAGAAAGAGAGCUAUCGAGGCAAUGUGAGAGUAAGACGGAAUGAAAGCCUUAAAGAGUGAGUUUUAUGACAGAAGGAGAUGAACAUGUUCUCCUCACUCCUCCAUCAUACAUGAAAACACCCCGGCAGUAACAUCAUCCAGUCUUUCAAGACUUUACGCUUUCACCUUCCCAAAGUCCUUAUAUCCUUUUUUUUUCUCUCUUUUUUUGUAGGAUUCUUUAUACUGAGUGCAUUCAGCGAGAUGUUGACCUUCCCUAGGUGUUUUUGUAAAAGAUUUCUCAAA